ACCCCCGGAAAGGUGUGGAGGGAAAGAGGUGGCUGGCAAACAUGUGCGCGACCGACCCGGAGGCCGGAGAUCGGGACGCGGGAGCCGCCCCGGACCGGCUGGGCGACCUUGGGGGAGCGGGUUCCGUCUCUGGGCGAAGGCGUGCAGCUCCGGUCUAUACCUGCCGGUCCGGCGGCGCUCCGGCUUCCUCUCUCUUUCCUGCUGGCCUUUGCCAGGUCGGCCUAAGAGGGCUUCUCCCAGCCCAACAGGGGGAUGCUGGCCUUGGUGCUCUGCGGAGUGUCCCUCGCGCUUCCACCCUUUGUCAGAGCAGAUGCAUGCAAGGAUGUUAGUAUGCAAAACGAGGCACCUUCAGCAGGCCAGCCUUUUGCUUUUAACUGUACGCACCCGCCACUAACAUCUGGGAAAGUACGUGUGACAUGGUAUAAAUACCCUAACAAAAUCCCAAUAUCCAAAAACACACAGUCUAGAAUUCACCAGGAGCAAAACUGGAUUUUGUUUCUCCCCCUGACACAGGAGGACUCUGGAAUCUACCAAUGUGUUAUAAACAGCACAAACACCUGUCACAGAAUCCCCGUAAACCUCACUGUAUUAAGAAAAUACUGGUGUGGUGUUUCUGGAAAUGGCCAGCUGAUUUUAUCGGAUGAAUACAGACAAACACUACAUGCUGGAAGGGACGACAGCCUUACCUGUCAUCUGAACUUCCCACAGAGUUGUGUUUUGGAUUCCCUAAAGUGGUAUAAGGGCUGUGAAGAGAUUAAAGGAGAACGGUUUAUUUCCUGGGAAACAAAGCUUUCAGUGAGCAAUGUUUCAGCAGAGGACGGAGGGAGCUACGCAUGUCAAGCCCGACUGACACACACAGGGAAACAGUACACUGUUUUAAACAGCAUCACUGUGAAUAUCGCAGAAACAAAUGGAUAUGCCAGAAGAAUUCCUAAAAUCAUUUAUCCAAAAAACAAUUCAAUUGAAGUACAACUUGGCUCCCCCCUUACUGUGGACUGCAAUAUCACAGACACAAGGGAUAAUACAAAUCUCCGAUGCUGGAGAGUCAAUAACACCUUGGUGGAUGAUUACUACAGUGAAUCCAAACGCAUCAGAGAAGGAUCCGAAUCCCACAUUUCUUUCCAGAAACAUAUUUUUUACACAGUGAACAUAACCUUCUUGGAAGUGAAAAUGGAAGAUUAUGGUCAUCCUUUCAUUUGUCACGCCGGAGUGUCAGCAGCAUAUUUUAUUUUAAAACUCCCAGCUCCAAAUGUUCAAGCUUACUUGAUAGGUGGGCUUCUCGCCUUGGUGAGUGCAACAGCAUCUAUCAUGUACCUCUACAACAUUUUUAAGAUCGACAUUGCACUCUGGUAUCGAAGUGCCUUCCAUUCUACCGGGACCAGAGAAGAUGGCAAGCUGUAUGAUGCCUAUGUCUUAUACCCCAAGCCUCAAAGAGAAAUCCAGAGCCAUGAGGUGGACACGCUGGUGUUGAAGAUUCUGCCCGAGGUGCUGGAGAGGCAGUGUGGAUAUAAAUUAUUUAUAUUUGGCAGGGAUGAAGUUCCUGGACAAGCAGUGGCCAAUGUCAUUGACGAAAACAUCAAGCUGUGCAGGAGACUGAUCAUCAUCUUAGUUCCUGAAUCCCUGAGCUUUGACUUGUUAAAGAACAUGUCGGAAGAACACAUUGCAGUCUACAAUGCGCUCAUCCAGGACGGGAUGAAGGUCAUCCUGAUUGAACUGGAGAAAGUCGAGGACUACGCGGCCAUGCCGGAGUCAAUUCAGUACAUCAAGCAGAAGCAUGGGGCCGUCCAGUGGAGUGGGGACUUCACAGAGCAGUCACAGUGCGCAAAGUCCAAGUUCUGGAAAAAAGUGAGGUAUCACAUGCCACCCAAAAGGCCGCCACCAUCUUCUUCUGCCCAGCUGCUGAAGCACACGUCCUGACACCUCCGGGCUGGCUAGUGGGGGGCCAAUGUGGGGUUGGUCACCUGUGAUGGCGUGGUCGGCAUGGGGUGGCUCAUGGUUGGACAAGGACACAUGGCAUUUGGGCAGUCGGCUUGAAGCUUGCCGUUGUGUACUUGUUGCUACAGGUCCUGUGUUUGCUGCUCAUUUUGAUCAGAGCUCCUUCUUUAGGGAAAGGCAUCACCCUUCCAGAAGGCCCUCAUUCACUUAUGGGCUCUGAUGAACACUCCCUGAACACAGAGCAGAUGUAGCAUGUGAGCCCCUGGGGAAUGGGACAUGGAGGACUGUAGAGCGGCAGUUGAGUUGUCAGGAAGUUUGGUGCAUGGUGUGGCACCCAUGGGGCCAGAGAUGGAAGUCAGGGGAUGGCAGGAGGCAAUCUGUGGGCUUGGGGAGGGCUGGCAAGGAGAACCGCAUUUUUUCGUGACCAUGAUUUUAGCACACUCAUACUGGAAGCCACUGAGUGGUCACACAGACCGGUGGGGACCAAGUGUGGCCCCACUGGGAUUGCCCAUUAAUCACCAUCCUGUUGGGCCCCAGCCUUGAAAGGAAAGGAUUUGUCAAAUCAAAAUAAGUAACAAUUCACUUGUUUUUCCAGCUGGCCAAGAAGGCUGGGAUUCUGAGCAACAUGUGAGAGAAACAGCACACCAAGAUGAUGCGAUUCUGGUCCACGUAAAACAAACCUCUGGCAACGUUCUGCUUUAUGUGUCUAUGAUUUCGGCUCCUCCAGGCACCUCAUGUAAGUGGAAUCAUACAGGAUUUGCCCUUUUGUGCCUGGCUUAUUCCACUUAGCCGUAGGUCCUUAAGAUUCACGUGUAAUAUUUGCUUUUUGUUUCAUUCUUCUUAUGGAGUCCCCCCUCCCUUCUUUCUUUCUUCCCUGGGUGAAUGGUAGCAGGUAUCGAUUUUAUUAUGGUGACAAGGGACAACCAACAGAAAUAAGAAGCUCAGGAGGAUCCUUCUAAUCAGAUGUUUGUGAAUUCUUUGCUUCUCGGUUUCUGUCUCCAACAUGGGAGUCGUGAUUCUUCAUGGAGAAUUUGCCAGUUUAAGUAAAGGAAGCUGCUUCUCUUGGUGCACCCAGGAGCGAAGUGAUGGUGGCUGAUGUGUUCCUCCUGUUCCUCUCACCCCUGAGUUUUCUCUCCUCUGCUUGGUACCUGGAGAUUGCCAUUGAUGCUGGAGAAGGCUCUAUGGCCACAGACAUCAGAGGGGCACUUUGCCCUUCACUGUGUCCUAUGUGGAGCCCAUCCCCUACAGCCUUCCCCUCCCUUCCAAGCCCUUUCUCUCCAGAGAGUGAAGAAAGGCAGAGCAGCCCCACGAGUCAGGAGACAGGGUGAGACCCUGGGAUGUGUCCUCUUGUCAGGCUGUCCCAGUUGCCUAUGAAUUUUAGAAAGAGAUUCUCCAGGAUUCUUCAGUGACUAACCUUUUAUAAAUAAAUGACAAGUUGAGGCUGUCAGAAAAAAAGAAAGCCAAUCCAUCAGAGGUAAAAGUAUUUUCUGAAAAUCUGUGACUUAUGGGAGACCAGUACUGUUGGUGAAUUUCUUAAUUGGAAUGAUUUUUUAAGUCAAAAACUUCCUUCCCCUCCAACCUGUGCCCUAUGUUUCUUUUUGUCUAAAAGUAUGUAAAGCUGUAUUAUUAAUGCAAUAACAUGAAUGAAUUAUAUCCGCACAUUGCAAUUCUAUUGUUAUUAAAUAUGU